UCACAGGAGGACCGCCUUAUAAGCGGAGGGCUCGGUCGCUCCUUUCAUUCUGUUACUUACAUCCGCUCGUAGCUGUUGGAUAAAGUAACGUUUAUUUUAUUUUUUUAAAUUCUUAUUCUUCGCCGACUCCUCAUCUCUAAACAUGCGUGAGUGCAUCUCCAUACACGUCGGUCAGGCUGGUGUGCAGAUCGGUAAUGCCUGCUGGGAGCUGUACUGCCUGGAACAUGGCAUCCAGCCUGAUGGGCAGAUGCCCAGUGACAAGACCAUCGGAGGAGGGGAUGAUUCCUUCAACACCUUUUUCAGCGAGACCGGAGCCGGCAAACACGUCCCCAGAGCUGUGUUUGUGGACCUGGAGCCUACAGUCAUCGAUGAAGUGCGCACUGGAACAUACCGCCAGUUAUUUCAUCCAGAACAACUAAUUACAGGAAAAGAGGAUGCCGCCAAUAACUAUGCCCGUGGGCACUAUACUAUCGGAAAGGAGAUCAUCGAUCUGGUAUUGGACAGAAUCCGUAAACUGGCUGACCAGUGCACAGGUCUUCAGGGUUUCCUGGUCUUCCACAGCUUCGGUGGUGGCACUGGUUCUGGCUUCACCUCUCUGCUGAUGGAACGUCUCUCUGUUGAUUAUGGAAAGAAGUCUAAGCUGGAAUUCUCCAUCUACCCAGCUCCCCAAGUGUCCACUGCUGUUGUUGAGCCCUACAACUCCAUCCUCACCACUCACACCACCCUUGAGCACUCUGACUGUGCUUUCAUGGUAGACAAUGAGGCCAUCUAUGACAUCUGCCGUAGAAAUCUAGACAUUGAGCGCCCAACUUACACCAACUUGAAUCGCCUUAUUAGUCAGAUAGUGUCCUCUAUUACAGCUUCUCUUAGAUUCGAUGGAGCCCUGAAUGUAGAUCUGACAGAGUUCCAGACUAACUUGGUGCCCUAUCCUCGUAUCCACUUCCCUCUUGCCACCUAUGCCCCAGUUAUCUCAGCAGAGAAAGCUUACCAUGAGCAGCUUUCUGUGGCUGAGAUCACAAAUGCUUGCUUUGAGCCAGCCAACCAGAUGGUGAAAUGUGACCCUCGUCAUGGUAAAUACAUGGCUUGCUGCCUGUUGUACCGUGGUGAUGUGGUGCCCAAAGAUGUAAAUGCAGCUAUUGCCACCAUCAAGACAAAGCGUAGCAUCCAGUUUGUGGACUGGUGUCCAACUGGUUUUAAGGUUGGUAUCAACUAUCAGCCACCAACUGUGGUUCCAGGUGGGGAUCUGGCCAAGGUACAGCGCGCUGUGUGCAUGCUGAGCAACACCACUGCUAUUGCCGAGGCCUGGGCAAGACUGGACCAUAAGUUUGACCUUAUGUAUGCCAAGCGUGCCUUUGUGCACUGGUAUGUAGGUGAGGGUAUGGAGGAGGGAGAGUUCUCUGAGGCCCGUGAGGACAUGGCUGCCCUAGAGAAGGACUAUGAAGAAGUUGGUGUAGACUCUAUUGAGGGUGAAGGUGAGGAGGAAGGUGAAGAAUAUUAAACCAGAUCUUGCUACUUUACAGGCAUUUGUUUUACCCAUCAGAAUACAGCUAACACAGAAGCUUUUUAAUCUUUAUUGCCCAAACUUGCAAAUGGUUUGACAGAUGCAGGUAUGACAAUCCGUUUUUAGUUAUUAAGGCAAUUUGCAAUCAUGUCAUUGUUCCAUCAGUGUAACUGUAUCAGAUCUGGAUUAAAAUAAGAAACAAAA